AGUUACAAGAGACUCGAGCUUCCGCCCACAAGCAAGAUGGCCCAGGAAACCUCGUACGCGCCUCCUGCCAGGCCUUCCGUGAUAGGCCACAGGCCCGAUGACGUCACACUAACUGAAACAGGAGGCAAAGGCGGCGCCGCAGAGGUCGGGGUUUUUUUUAGUUUGCGGCCGGCACCGGAACUGGGCCCCCGGGAAGCGGGAAGAGGCAAGCCGGAGAGGCGAUGAUGCCUUCGCAGCCCCUCGGACGACUCCUACGAUGGGCUCUGGGUCACCGCAGCGACGCGCUACAACCUGCCCAGAAACGGGUGAUGGUGGCUGGCCUGGGCAACUACACGUUCCCUGGUACCCGGCACAGCGUGGGCAUGGCAGUGCUGAACCACCUUGCCUCCCAGCUGAACAUGGCUGACCAAUGGAAAAUGGACAAGCAAUGCUCCGCAGAGAUGGCUGUGGCCCAUCUGGGAGAUACCGAGCUCCUGCUGGUGAAACCCCGCAAGUUCAUGAACCUGAAUGGGGUCUCUGUGGUCGCAGCUGCGGAAAGGUACAACCUGAACACUGAAGAUAUUUACCUGGUUCACGAUGACUUGGAUAAGCCUCUGGGGAAGAUCUCCCUGAAGCUGGGGGGCAGCGCAAGAGGUCACAACGGAGUCCGUUCCUGCAUCAGCUCCCUGCGCUCCGACCGCAUGGUCCGGAUCAGGAUCGGCAUUGGCCGUCCAACAGGGAAGGUGGCUGUAGACGACUACGUCCUAAGCCUGUUCACCAGCACGGAGCAAGAGGUCUUGCCACGCAUCUUUGAGCAUGCAACCACAAUCCUACUACAGCACAUCCAACAGAACUGCGGCAGACAGGAGUCUCCUGGGCCCCAUGGAGGACUAAUCAGCCCCCUUCCCAAGAGAGAAGGCACAGAGCCUUCUUGAGCUCCCCUAUAAGACUGGCCAGUGAAAGCAGCCGGGGUGUGUGGGUGUGCGUCUUUGGAUGGACCCAAGUUUGUGUGGUGCUGACAGCCCUGAAUUAAGGCUGGGCUCGCCCACCCAUUUGCCUGGUUACAGCUCAGCGUGAUGGACCAACCUCACUCAAAGAAAUGCGGGUUAGGACGCUCUAAGGGGCUGAGCCAAGAUCUUGCGAACACCACACCUCAGUGAACGGGGAGGGGUCUUGCGAAAGCAAAGGAGAGGCCGAGGAGGUGGGUGACACACGCGUGUGGUGGUUGUUUGUUCUCGGCAUCCUAGGAAUUGUAGCUUUAGGGAAAACGGAAAA